AUGGUCACCCAAGUCCCGGUGAUCCCGCGGCGGCGGCGUCGGUCCGCGCCCACGUGCCGGCCGGUGCGCCCCGCCGCCACCGCCGCACACGUGCUCCCGGCGCCGCGCCCGCCUAGGCCCGGCGCCGCCGCCGCAUGUGUUGCGAGUACUGCCGCCCCCGCCCCGCCGCGACCGUGCUCUCGUGCCGCCGCCGGUGCCCGCGGGGCCGCGGUUGCGGCCGGCAGUGACACGUGUCCUUGGCAGAGGCCGCCGCCGCCGCGGGGGGGAGCGGGGCCGCCGGAUGCCGCACCGGGCACCGCACCGCGCCCUCCCGCCGCCGUGAUGGUGGUGCCGCCGCCCCGGGACGGAGCCGGCCGCAGCCGCCGGUUUGGCCGCCGCCUCGGCCUGGGGGCGAGGCCGCGCUUGGGCCUGGCGGGGCCGGCCGCUUUCGGGCCACCGCCGCGGCCUGUCCCAGCUCCGCCGUCGGACCCCCCGCCCCGUCGGCGGGCCCAGCACAGGCCGCGGCCCGGCCGCUCCCGGCGCAAGAGAGGCGGCGGCGGCGACUCCGAUUACAAACAGCCGCGGCGGUGCCCCGUUGUCCCCCCGGGACGGAACCCGCAUUCCCUGGCCCAGCUGGGCUACCCGGGCCAGUGCGAAGCCGGGCCAGUCCGGGCUCCCCCGCGGGGCCCGGCCUGA